CCGUCGCCAGAGAACGCCAGCAAACUAAUAAAGAAUAAAGGCAGAAGUAAAGGCCCGAAAAAUCAACAAAAAGUCCGAAAUCAAAUCGCAAUAAAUAUAUUUAUAAAUAAAAUAAAUUUACAAACAAAAUUCAUUUUUGCAACAAACAAAAAGCAACCAGCGCGAGACACCAAAUCCCUGCCGCACACACGCGACAGCCGCCAGCCGCCAGCCUGCCCCCUGAAACGAAACGAAGCGAGUGGUAAGGAGAGGAGUGGAGAGCAACGGUGACAGGUACAAGGAACAGGAGAGGCGCAAGGCACAAGGCAAGAGGAGGGCUGGGCGCACACUAGAGGAGCGGUAGCAGGAUAGCAGGACACAUAAACCAAGCACACGCCCACACACACCCACCCACCCACCCACCCACACACUCAACAAAGAUGUCAUGGAGAUAUGCGCUUUCAACGGACAGAUACAGCAGCAGUAUCGGCGAUAGAUAUAGUCCGCACUAUUAUCAGUCGCCCAGCCGCUUGGAGAGCUCCGAACAGACCACAGGACGACAGCUGCAGCGUGUCCUGCACUACUCGAUGGCACCCACACGGGCAUUGCCCGGCCUGAGGCGGGCCGAAUGCGCCAUCCAUGAUGUUGACUGCGACGAGGUAUAUCCGGGCAUCUACAUUGGCGAUGCUGCGGCGGCCAAGAACAAGACGUAUCUGAGAAUGAUGGGCAUCACGCAUGUCCUGAAUGCCGCCGAGGGCUGUCGCUAUGGCCAGGUGGACACCGGACACAGCUACUACCGGGACAUGCCCAGCAUUAGACGGAACCAUAAGGACUGUGUUUUUAGGUACAUGGGCUUCCCGAUGAUCGACGCCCCCACGACAGACAUCUCGCGGUACUUCUAUGUGGCUUCCAAAUUCAUUGACAGCGCCAUCAGCAGCGGCGGCAAAAUCCUGGUACACUGCCUGGUGGGGAUGUCCCGUUCGGCCACCUGUGUGCUGGCCUAUCUGAUGAUUUGCCGCAAAAUGUCGGCGGUGGAUGCGAUACGCACGGUGCGUAUGCGUCGCGAUAUUCGGCCCAAUGAUGGAUUCCUGCAGCAAUUGGCCGACCUGGACAUGGAGCUGAAGCGCAAGAACCUUUAUCCCUAUUAGGGAUGGGGCUACAACAAUGCGAGUAUUGUGUGUGAGACAAGGAAAAGCAAUUGCAACCAAAGAGAACGAACAACAAACUGCUGAAUGCUGUACGCUGGAGGGGGGCUGGGGAAUAAAGUAUUGAUAAUGAACACGUUGUGGAGCUGGAACUCUUCCAAAUCCAGCAAACUAACCAAACAAAAAAAGAAAUAAAAUAAUAACCCUAAAAGAAGAAGCAAAGUAAUAUUGAAAAAUGUUGAAAGAAUUGUUGUUAUAAACAGAAAACAAAUAUUAUAAUGGCCCAAAAAGCAAAUGACUUAUAAAUGAUAACUUGGUCUUCUGGAUGCAUGAGCCCGAAAAUAUAUAAAAGGAAACACCUGUAAUCAUGGCAUAUAUACACACAUACAUACAUUCAUAUAUAUGAUAUAUGGGAAGCAAGUUAUCUAUUCAUUCACAGACAGACACUUAGAGACCUAGAUUGUUAGACAGACACGAUCGAAAAAGAAAAACAUUAACA